AGUUUUCUGUAUAGCUUUAAGGUCGUGUGCAAGUUUACGUAUCUAUUGAAGUAUUAGAACUACCUGUUUGUUAUUCUAAUCGGCUCAAGUCUACGUUCGUUAUAAAAACAUAUUCAUGUAUAAAGUGGUUUCGUUGAAGUGUUGCUCAUAUUUUUAUAGUGUUUAGCUAGUCAUUGAUUGACUUAACAGUUUUAUUAAAGUGUUUGAUAGUAAUAGAUGGAUAUACUCUAUUAAAAAGCUCAUAAAGGAUAUACAAACAAUGAGGUGAAAUCUAACUAACGACCUAUUAUAAUAUAUUGGUUAUAACUGUUUCACUUUUGAGAACAAAAAAGACACUUGAUCCAAGAUGUUAAGUUCGGAUGUGCCGUGGUUGUCUGACGGAUACAGAGUCAAGCUCAGUCAUCGGCAAAGCAUCGUUCAAGGGUUAAAAAAGGCGGCAAACGCUAUCCGAAGCAGCAGCAGUGAAAGAUCGGGUAUGACCAGACCCAAGUCUGGCAGAUUCUCUCGCGUUACAUCCAUGGGGAAUUCAGAUACGUGUAAACUCAGAGUUUGCCGUCAAGACUUUGGUCAAGUAGAGAACAUGAAUACAUCAUUGCAUGAAUACAUGCAAUCCUCCACUUCAGCUGCAACCCUUCCUAAAUCCAGCAGUUCUCAAUACCUUUACAGAAACCCUGCCAGCCAGCCAAUGAAAAUUUCAGGGGUUUUAUCGCGUUCUAAUUGUUCAUUGAAUUAUAUUAACUCUGAUUUGAGACCUUCCUCUGCAAGCGAUCAUAUCACUAGGCCCCUAGGUCGACCAAGAAGCGCUUGGUCCAAUGCUGACAGAGUCAUUCGUAGAAAAACUAGAUCAUCGUCACUGGAUCAGGCCUCUCGUUGUCUCCCCACACAAAUGUAUCCUUAUGAUGAGGAGAUGGGAACAGAACGGGAACUGGCUUUACAAACGUAUGUUCAAAUGUACGAUGCUAUCAAUGAUUCCAUAACUAACGAUGAAAAAUGCCAAAAAAGUGGAACUACGGGCUACAGAAAGUCAAAGCCAGAUCAGAACACUCACAACUCUAGUGCAAUAGAGUUACAUCAAGACCAUGAAAAUCAAAUGUCAGGUUCUCAUAAAAACAAAUCAGAUUGGGACAUUCAUGAAUCUUCUUAUAGUCACAAGGAUGAAAUAGAGACAAAUAUUGAUGCGAAGUCUGCAGUUCUGGUUACAACUGCAUCGACUUCUUAUAAGGAAUGUAAAGCUAAUGACUUAAGGAAUUCUAUAAAUGAUGUUAAAACAAAUGAUGGACUCAAAUCUUUAGACGAAGUAAAAGGUUCUAGUAAACUAAAAGCCUCAGAUGAGCUAAACUCUAUUGAUGAACUGAAAGGCUCAGAUGAGCUAAACUCUAUUAAUGAACUGAAAGCCUCAGAUGAGCUAAACUCUAUUGAUGAACUGAAAGCCUCAGAUGAGCUAAAAUCUAUUGAUGAAAUAAAAGUCUCAGAUGAGCUAAAUGCUUCUAUUGACACAAUAUUUACAAAUGAACUACAAAAUUCAGAUGAAGAAAUAUUUGCAAAGGCACUAGAAGCCUCCUAUGACGAUUCGAAAACCUCAGUAGUUGAGGAAAAUAUUACAAAUAAUUACAGAAUUUUACAUAUGAAUGCUAGCGACAAACUUAAGGAGCCUGUUCAACCAAAAACUUCUGAAGUAAACUCUGCUAAUAGUGAACUAUCAACUUCUACUGAACUAGCAGCUACCAGUGUAAAGCCUUUACAUUCAUCAGAAACCGCAACCACAAAAGACGAAGUGUUGUCCACUGAGUCUCUAGAUUUAAGAAGUCGGACAUCCAACUUUCUGGACAAACGCAGUACGUGCAAUAUUCCAAGUUAUAUAGUUCAGGGACCUGACAUGCCCAACUCUUUACAUUGUAAAGGGACAUCAAUCGAUCUCAAAGUUAGACCUCGGAAUUUGCUUUGCGCUGAUUUUCUUAAAAGGCCUUACAGUGGUCAGGCAAGAUCGCGAUCACAGGUCAAACAGUACAUAGAUUCCCAUCGACCACAGACUGCCCCAGUCACGAGACAAGAUUUGCAAAAUUUUACAGCAUUUAAACAGCAUGCCUACUUACCUCACUACUGCCACUUUGUACGAGGCAUCACCCUCAAAGGCCGCGGAGGUGGUGGAGACCAUGAGGACGAGGCUGACGAUGGCUACAUCACCAACUCAGAGCCCUCGCCCCUAGGCUCGGAUAUUGACCUGCUGAGGAGAAGCGGGAGAUUAAGAAGUGGCCAUGUGAACAGUAGGUCAAGUUCACCUAUUGAGCAGGACAAUGAACCGGUAUCUCAGAUGUCCAGAUUGUCAGUAGGGGUUGACAACGGCGGAUCCACAAGCCGGCAAGACUUAUCUUGUGUAGGUCCAGACAGCGGCGUGUUCACAGGUCGACUCGACCUAACUUAUGCGGAGACGGAAGGCAGAAAAGAUUUGACAUCAGAGAAAUCAGUCGCAGAAGUUGAAUCUUACGAGACCUGGGAUGCACACAGACCGCCCAUUAGAAUACCAAGUCCUGACAUAGAGCCAGUGGAAUCUUCCAGAAAUAAAAUAGACGAGAUGGCUGACAUUGUCCGAGAGCUGACCACCAAGACUACAAAAGAUGUCGCUAGAGCUGAGCUGACGUCUGCUACAAGCAGACGACUUUGUCCCAAGAAAGGGAAAUCUUCGGGCACCAGAGGUAGAAAGAGAAGGGGAAAGAAAAAGAAACAUGGCGACGGAAGUAAUCAGGAAAAAGAUGGCGGAGAAUCCACGCUCAUAGCAGACUUAAAAGACGGACAAUUCCCACAGGCCGACGGAGAUGCCCUCACAGCUGUCAAUCUAAAUGUGCCAGACUUGCCUUCAGUCAAUGGCGGCAAACAAGGGAAACAAUCAAAAGGCGUUCAUACAAAGAAAAACAGGACACAAAUAGCCGCCCCUGUUAUGACAGAAAAGAUGAAGGAAGCUCCGCCCCCACCAGUGUACAACUUUUAUGACUUCGGCGACCUGACGGACACAAAGCCAGAUGAGAUGGAGAAUGCAGUUCCAAACGUGGUCCCGAUUCCAGCCAACCUGAAUGACCGUAUGGUCCUGACUCUGCAAUCUAGUCGCUUCGAGCUCCCCAUGGACAUGAGAGAAUUAGAAAACUUAACACCUCAAGACUACUUAAAGAAAUACUGUGUAGUGACUCCAAGAAGAAAACUUUUGUAUACGAAGACAUUUCAAGACUAUAGAGACAAGAAAGGUUUUAUUCUUGGCAAAAGUUCCUUGUGCAGUGCACUGACCUGUGUGCUCAUCAACUCUAUGGACAACGACCAGGCGGAGCAGCUGUGUGACCUUCUAGAAGUGGACGACAAGACCGAGGUGGACUUUGACCUCUUCUCUGGAAUAGCGGCCUUGGCAGAGCGUAUUCUCUACCCUUACUUUGUCACUGCAGAGACUUGGGAUCGAACUGAAUUCCAAAAAGAGAUGAUUGAAUGCGCUGACUUCUGCGCACUGGAGUGGAAGCUACGAGGUGUCAAUGUGAGCAAUCAAGUCAAGAAGAUUCUCAAAUCAUUAUGAAUAAUUGUAUUUACUGUAUGCAAUAUCUGUCUCAAUCAUUACAACAAAAAUGUCAGUUAAAGAAAAUAAGUAAAAAGCUAAAAGUUAACCCUUCUUAAAGCAAUGAUGACAUCAUGAAUUGUAAAGUGCAGAAGUCUAUUUCAAUAUUUAUGUCGUUGCACUUUUUCCCGUCCAUUUUUUUUCGUUUUUGAUUUUUGAGAUCGACUGUUUAUUUCAAUGGGGAUUAGUGUAGAAACUAGACGUCUUCUAUAAGGGUUUUUAAAACAAGAAUUGAGUUAAGGUGCAAUGCUUCAAUUUAAAUUAAAGAUGCCCAUACUGAUACGCCCUACUAUUUGAAGCUAUUGAGGAAGAUAUGCGCCCCAUUUCUGCUCUCUUGAUUUCCCGCAAUGUCUAACAGCACUUCUAAUUGUCUGACUUCUUUUUGUUUAAGGCAGUUUAAGCUAUUAUAAUUGUUUUGCAUUAUAUAUUGCCUUUGUUUGUAUAGAUUUCUUUAUUUAUUGCAAUACCUUUUCUUAUCAAUAAAGUACAUGCAUUUAUACAAAUAGAUUUGUUUUAUUGUAAAAUCCACAAC